AUGUACGCCGGUACCCCGUACUACAGAGAGGGCGACGGCCGCUACGUCGAUGCAUCCCCCGCCUCUUCGCUUCUUAGCACGAACCAAGUGGUGUUUUGCGUCAACCCGGUGCUGUUCAUGAACUGUGGGAUGCUGCUUGACGCCCCCAGCGGCCUCACCACAUCCGCCAUUAUGAAGAUACGGCAAGAGUCUCCAAACAGCACUGCCAUCUCGCUUGCGUUGUGGCGAGACAUUGCUGUUAAUGUUAUUGGUCUGCGAGAGUCCGUUGCGUACUCCAUCUUUGACGUGGUGUACGCGCUCACGGGUAGUUUUGUGCAGGCACCGUUGGCGGCGCAAGCGAACGGGAGUGCGGCGCACGCCAAGUCCGUAGCCGAGUACCGUCAGGAGGGCAAUCGGGCGCUUCUUAAAAAAAUGGGAGGAUCUGUGGAUGAGGUGCGUUGGCCCUCCGCCUCUGCCUCUCGACAGGUGAGUCUGCCUGCGCUCACCAUCUUCCUCUUCGCGCAGCUGCUGCUGGAGCACCCACCGCGAACAAUGCCUGGGGACAUUAGCCAAGAGCUCGUCAUGAGCAGCGUGCGACAGCACCUGCACGACUACAUCACGGCGGUGGCCGUGACGCGCCCCGGGCGUCUUACAGUAGCGGAUGCGCAAGAGUUAAAAAUUCUUCUGCGUGAGUUUGUCAAUGGAGUUGAGCAGCCGUUUGGGACGAGCAUCGGUUUUUUGUGGCCACGCUCUGAGAGGACAAUUGACGUCACAAUUUUGUCGCAGUUUAUACGUCCUAGAAUUACGCUUCCCAGCGAACUUACCACUACGACGACGGCUUCACCGUUUUGCAAUAACUUUUUUGUGCGGGGGCUGCGGGGCACCAUCUACAUCCCACCAUACCCAGUGAUGUCGACGAACGGCGCAAAGCUAAUGGUUUCCUCAACCUACACAAUACAAAAAUGUUUCCAAUCCAGCAUCUACAUUACGUCGGAUUUGCCACACACCCGUCUUUCACAGCUUGUUAACUGUACCGUCGCCAUUGGCCCAGUGGGUGGUAUACUUUGUAUAGAUCGCUGCGAGAACUGCAACAUAUCAGCCCUCUGCGCCGCCGUAGUGGUGAGUCAUUGCAGGAAUGUGACCAUUUUUGUUUGCACGAAUACCCCACCCGUUCUUUCUUUGUAUGACGGGGUGAGUACGCUAACGAAUGUUCGCUUUGCGCCAUACAACUCGCACUACUCCACAUUGGAGGAGCACCUAGCAAGCUCAGGCGUGAAUCCGAAGCUCAAUCUCUGGAAUGUUGGUCUUCCGACGCCACGGCAUAUGCUUCCUCCGGAUGAAUUCACGCCAAUAUGCUUCCCCGUUGCCCCCCACACAAGUGCCGUGAUCACCACCCGCACAAACCCCUGUCCGUUGCCUCGCCUCUACGCGGAGGCACUGGAACGACGAGUGCGUCGGUUUCAAGACACAUCGGCGCAGCUGCAGGAGGCGUACCAGCGACUGGAGGCGGAGGGGCGAAAGGACCUAGCAGAGAAGCUGCGCGGGAGAGUGCACACAAUGUUCAUGGAGUGGCUGCGGCGCGCGGGACAAGAGAAGGGGCUCAUCAGUCUCUUGCAUCAAGGCACAGAAAAUCCCCUCUAG